GCGCGGUGCAUUUUGGGGAUCGUAGGCUCGACUUCGAAAACUCCCGCGCUGAGAUGAUGGUUACUGUUUUCCAAAUAAACUAUCCAAAGCAGAAAUUGGAAAUCUUAUCAAAAUGUUUUCUGGUUCAUCUUCACCUGCACCAGCAAAAGCCACUUCUGAUGCAUUUGAUAUCCACAAUAUCUGCUGCCUACUAACUAGAAGAUCACAGGGAUUUCAUACAAAAGAUGCUGGAGCUGUUUAUAGGAAAAACAUGAGUCUCUUGAGGAAACUAAUAUGCCAGGAAACAACAACAUUCAAGAAUGUUUGGACUAUACAGUCUUCAUCUCCAGUUUCUUAUCAUAGUGGAAAAAUUUAUCUUGACAAUUACCGGCGCUGUGUGAGCUGCAUUACACCAGAGCCCAGAAUAAUUUAUCAAAUGCCAGGAUGGCCCACCUCAGAAAAAAUAGAGGAUGCCUUGUUACUGGAAUGCCCAGUGGGGGAAGUGCUGCCCAGGCCUUCAGACUACAGACCUUCCUGGGCAGCCCUGACCGCUCACAACUGGCUUUUCCGUCUGUCUGCAAAUUCAGGAGAAAUACUUGAAAAGGUGUAUCUUGCUUCCCACUGCAAAUUCAGGUACCUAAGUUGGGACAUGCCUCAAGAGGUCAUGGCAAUAAAGUCAACUCAGCAGAAGCUCCCAGCAGCUGCACGACAGGCAGGCAUGCAGCAGUCUGUACUGUUCUUUCUCGCUGUAUUCAGAGUUUUGCCACUUUCAUUUAUGGGCAUGUUGGAGCUUGACAAAAAAAUCUUUGGAAAUAGCAUGGCAGAUGUUUCAGUAUCUCAUAGAAUGCUGAUUGUAACACACAGCACAGGUCAUGUCAGAUUGUAUAGCUUCCAGGCAAUCUCUGAACAGUUCAUGGAACACCAGGUGGAUUUGGGACAGGAAUACAGCUGGAAUGGCAAAGUUGGGAUUGUGGGAAAAUACCCUUUUGGCAUUCCAUGUAACAUUAAAAUAACAGAUACUCCAGACCUUCUUUUUGAAGUCUCAUCCCUCGAGAGUGCAUUUCAAAUUGGAGGAUAUCCUUGGCAUUAUAUCAUUACACCUAACAAGAAAAGUCAAGAAGGAAUCUUCCAUGUUUGUUCUUUAAAAGACCAUACUUUGGCAAAGAAUGGCAUACAGGAUAUGAAAUGUUGCUCAUUGGAACCUGACAGGAUAUCUUUCCACCCUGACAGUUCUGGAAGGAUGCUACAUGUGGGUCCAAAUUUAAUUAGAGUCCUGAAGUUGAAGGAAACUGAAAAUGCAAAGCAGCAAGAAGUUACUGAAGAUUUUAUCAUAGAAGCCAACAGGGAAAAUAAUGUGAACAACCCUGUAACAGUAACAGCAUCUGGCCGAAUAGUGAAGAAGCGUUUUAAAUUAUUGGAUGAUGAUCCUGAGCAAGAGACCUUCAAAAUUGUUGACUAUGAAGAUGAACUGAACUUGCUGUCUGUUGUGGCUGUUACUCAGAUAGGAGUUGAUGGGGCAGCUCGUCUUGACUUCCAUUGUAAUGAACAGGGUACUCGGUUGAAGAGUUUUCCUUUUGUGGAGUCCUGGGAUGUGACGUACAACCAUGAAGUUUACUUUGAUAGAAAUAUAGUGUUGCACAUACAACAGAAGCCCCACAGGAUGUUCAGCUGUCACAUAUACCAGAUGACCUGCAAUAGUGAAGAAGAUGACAAUAUACAGAAGGGAAAAAGAAGAGGGUGUGUUUGGUCAAAAACUGGAGGGAAAUACUGAAUAUCUUUAGAAUUCAACUUGUUACGGAGGCUUUGCUGUAGACAGUAUCCAAAGAUGUGUAAGCCUCUUUUUGUGCAAUGUAAUAAUAAUAAUAACUGUUAUUCACCUUUCUGUAAAUGUAAAUCCUUUUUUUUUUAAUUGCUUCUCAGCCUUUUGGCUAGGAUCAAAUGUACUGUAGUAUAAAUAAUUUUAAAUAUGAUUUUUAAAAAAACACUCAAGUAGCAAAAUUGUAAUUGCAACUGUUGUAUAUAUAUUUUUCUCUAAAAUAGAGCUCUUUUGGACAAAUUAAUAUUGCUGGGAGCAUUGUAUAACUCAAACUACAUUUUUGCUGUCUUUAAAAAAACAAUUGGAAUUUAAAUCGUGUUCAAAUUCUCUUCUAUAUGGAGCAAAGAAUACUGCUUCAGUUAUAUAGGGGCUUAAUCAUGGUUACUUAUGCCCUGCUCCAGCUAGACAUUGUAUAAACACACUAACUGACAGGGUUGUAUUUCUUCUAAUGGGCAGGGAGGGAGCUGACCUUAGUUCUUCUGUCAGCAGAUGACUGAUCACUUGCCAGUCAUCUGAAGAAUCCCAUCUAUCAAGUGGGAUUCUCUUUAGAAGUAGGACUGUGUGUAACAGUCCACUGCUAAAUGCAUAGGGAGUUGGACAGGGGAUGCUGUGCUAUUUUACAGGUAUGCAGAAAUAGGCUGGAGUAGAGUGGUUAUGACUUAAGAAAUUGGCUGUUCAUCUUCCUGCUGCAUGAUUUUGCCAAUAUUAUGUUUGUCCAUUCCCAGGUAUCUCAUUUUGGAAAUUUCUGUUUUUUAACUUCUUUUCUUUUAAAGGAAAAAAAUUCAUUUCUGAAAGAUGUUCCUGAGAAUUAAUUCCGUUUGAUUUUUUUUCCCCCUGCCGUCAGUGUUUCAUUGAAAGACAGUCAUUUGUGUUAGAACACGUAAAACAUUCUCACUCGUUCCUUUUUAUAUCCUGGCACUUUGAUGCUGAAAAUAAGUAUUUGUUAAUAGACAAUGACUAGAUUCACACAUGUGAUUUGCUAUAUAGAUUGUGCAUCCUUAGUCAUUACCUAUUGGUUUAGUAUAAUGGUGAAGUGGUUUAAUCAAAUAGGUACAUCACAAAACAGAGGACCAAUAGUGAUGUUACAAUACUUAUAGAAUGUGUGGGUUUAAAAUUGAAAAAUAUGAUGAUCUACUUACAGAUUCAUACAUUUAUUAGGAAGAAGAUCAGAAUGAAAUCUACAAGGCACAGCUUUAUUAUACCUUUCUUUGCUCAUCUUAAAAUGAAGGAGAGUUGCUAAUGAACGGAAGAGGGGAGAUGUAUAAAGCUAUGUUAAUUUACUGUAUUAUUUAUCAAAUCAAAACAACUAUUUAAAAAGGGGGGGGGAGCACAGCAGCCAUCCGUGGAGUAAUCCAUCCUGCAUCUCUGCUUGAUACAUUUUGUGGCUCUAACUGUGUAAUCAUAUUCUUUUGGAAUUGCAAGCCUACAUUUUACAUUUUGGAAUUUUAUUGCUGUGCAUCAAGCCAUAUAAGCCUCUGGCUAUGGGACUUGGCUACACUUACCUUCCUAUCUGUCUCAGCCAAUGCAAAUGGGAAGUAACUUGGAAAUCAUAUUUUUAAAUUAUUCAUUAUGCUCAACAGUUAAGUAA